UAAACUGCCGCCAGAUUUAAAUGAGGUAAAGUUGGUUUAUAUUGGUUCAGUGAACGAUCUUGUGAAAUCUCCCUGUGUUUUUACCACAGAACUUUGAAUAUCCAGUCUGAAAUCACAUUUUUGGCAGAUCUGCUCCUUCCUCAGUGAAGCUCUGUCUCCUCUGCUAUAAAUACUGGAAUAUUCCCAUCAGGAAGAAGUGAAAUCUGCAAAGACAGAGCUUAUUGAAGGACGGAGAGAACAUGAGUGAUCCAGAACCCUGCAGAAUUAAACAGGAAGAGGCUGAAGAACAAAUAGAACCCUGCAGAAUUAAACAGGAGGAGACCGAAGAACUGAAGACUGAAGACCUAAUUAAAGAGAUUGAGGAGAGUCAAGAGGAGAAACAACAUGUCAAAGCUGAAAAUAUACCUAAUUUAGAGACUACUGAUGUUUAUUUGAUGAACAGAACAAGCCAGAAUUGUGUCUGCACUCAGUGUGGGAAGAGUUUCAGAAAAUUAUCAGCUCUUAACAUGCACAUGAGGAUCCACACUGGAGAGAAACCCUUCACCUGCACUCAGUGUGGGAAGAGUUUCAGUCAGUUAUCAAACCUUAAAGGACACAUCAGGAUUCACACUGGAGAGAAACCUUUCAUCUGCACUCAGUGUGGGAAGAGUUUCAGACAUUUAUCAUCUCUUAAUAAUCACAUGAGGAUCCACACUGGAGAGAAACCAUUCACCUGCACUCAGUGUGGGAGGAUUUUCAGACUGAUAACAUCCCUUAAAACACACAUGAGGAUCCACACUGGAGAGAAACCUUUCACAUGUACUCAGUGCGGGAAGAGUUUCAGACAGGCAUCAUCUUUUAAUCUGCACAUGCUGAUCCACACCGCGGAGAAAACGCACAAAUGUGAUCAAUGCGGCAAAACUUUUUUUAGAGCUUCACAGCUGAUGGACCAUCUCAGAGUUCACACAAAGGAGAAACCGUAUUCCUGUUCUGAGUGUGGAAAGAGUUUUGCACAGUGGGCAAAUUUAAGAAAACAUAAGAAGAUCCACACUGGUGUGAGAGAGCAUGUGUGCUUAGAGUGUGAGAAGAGUUUUACUUCAGCUCAAAAUUUGAAACACCAUGAGAGGAUUCACACUGGGGAGAAACCGUACACGUGUUCACACUGCAACAAGAGAUUCAGUGAGUCAGGAAGCAUGAAAAGACAUGAGAGGACUCACACUGGAGAGAAACCGUACACAUGUGAUCAGUGUCCGAAGAGUUUCACACGUUUGUUUCAGCUUAAGAAACACAUGAAAAUCCACAGCGGAGAAAAGCAGCAAACAUGACGUCAAUGCAGCAAAACAUUUUCUUGAGUGGACCAUUUUUUGUCACCCUUUUUAAGGGUGUUUACUGUCUGAAUAUCAGAAAACGUUUAGAUCGCAUGCUGUUUAGUAUCUACAGGGGUUGGACAAUGAAUCUGCAAUGCCUGGUUUUAGACCACAAUAAUUUUUCAAUAUGUUGUAGGGCCUCUUUAGCAACCAAUGCAGCAUCAGUAAGUCUUGGGAAUGACAGAUACAAGCCCUGCACUGUGGCCAGAGGGAUUUUAAGCCAUUCUUCUUGUAGAAUAGUGGCCAGGGGCCUCAUGUAUCAACGCUGCAUACCCACAAAAACUUUGCGUACGCCAGGUUUCACGCUCGGAUUGCUCACGUUU